GUACCGUUAGCAUCAAGGGUGCGGUUUUAUUUUCAACUUUCCUAAUUCACGUAAUCAUUCGUCUCGUUUUGAACGUGUUUUAUUGUUUGUAUUCCACUACAUUCGUUGGACGCGUCGUGCGUAUUCAACCAAGGUGUUGUAAAAGAAGGGGGCUCGUUAGAGAGGGAAGCGUCAUAGUACUCGGUUGGCAAACUAGUACUUUGAGCACAUCGAGGAUUCUAUUUCUCAAGGUCAUCUGGCACGCGCUGCCGCGCACUCCUGCUCUCGUAGUGGGGGGGAUCGAAUCAGUGAUAUGACCUUAGUGGAAUCGAAGGAGGGGAACGUAUUACCGAUCAUGUUGAGCGUACAGCAACAGCAUCAUCACCACAAUCUUCACGGUUCUUCAACAACCAGUGCUCAAACUCAUCGCAGCAAUGUGAUUGUUUCCACUAGUAGUAUGCCGGCUAAUGACAUCAAGAUUCAACAACACGGUUGCAAGCGAUCCAAGAUUUACGGUCAGACGACCGGUCCUUAUGGCACGGUUCCUCAUCAACCGGCUUCGGUUGCGAGGCGGAACGCUCGAGAAAGAAAUCGUGUUAAGCAGGUGAAUAAUGGAUUCGCCACUUUGAGACAGCAUAUACCUCAAAGCGUGGCACAAGCUCUUGGAGGAAGUACAGCUGGCACGCACGGCGGAUCUAGAGCCGGUAGUAAAAAGCUAUCGAAGGUCGAAACACUUAGGAUGGCAGUCGAGUAUAUCAGGAGUCUGCAACGUCUUCUGGAAGAACACGACAGUGGUUCGGAUGUCACGAGUGUAUCUUCGCCAACGUCAUCAUCGCCUUCCUCGACCUCUUCCGCCUCAUCCACGUGUAGUUCCAACAAUGGAAUCAACGUCGAAUCCAGUCACCAUUCUCCCGAGUUGAGACUUCGUAGCAAUGUCAACAAUGAACUCCGGCAUCAUAGUAGCUCGGACUUACACCGACAUCAACAUUUACGGCAAAAUCCUAGCCCAACAUUCGUACCAGCACCUUGUUCCGAAGCUUCAAGUUCGCCAACGCCGAGUUUUGUUUCCGAAGCCUCAUCAGCUGGCAGUCAAGGGUACGGAACAUCGGGUACUCUUUAUGCGACACAUUCCGAUGGUUAUGAUAAUUACGAACCUAUGAGUCCCGAAGACGAAGAGCUGUUAGAUGUCAUCUCCUGGUGGCAACAAAGUCAAUGAGAAAACCAGUGUCUAUGUCGGUUCCAAUUUGGAUCCAUUCUUCACCUCAAAGGUUAGUGUCGUAAUUUGUUUGUU